CCAGAACUGCUCCUUCUGCUCACCCUCGCGGGCGGGCGCUCUUCUACGCCCGCGGGUAUGGAGGGAGUGAGCUGAGGGGUGGGGGUGAGGGAUGUUCUGGGGUCCCUUGCCCCAACCCCGAGAAGCCCCUCCCUCGGCGCCUCAGCUUCCAAUCCUUGCCUCCGCCCCCUUCCCUCCCGACGGGGCUCCCUAUUGGCCCCGCCCCCGUCCUCCUCCCUGGCUGUCCGCGACGCGCGCUCCCGGGCUUCCAAGGGGGCUGCCCGGGCGGGGCGGUGGCAGUGGCGGCGCUGGAAGGGGGAGGAGAGCUGCCCGCCACCCGAGCAGUUCCAGCCAGCAGCGGGUGAGCGGGCCGCACGGCGUGAGUGAGGCGGGCUCGCCCCCCUCGUGUGGCCGGAGCGAAGCCUUUUGUUCCCAGCUAGAAGUUUGCAUGCCGGGACCGUGACAGCUGCGGGUGGGGAGGACGGCCGCAAGGCCGCCGGCGGCGUGGUGGAAAAAAAGGCGACUGCUUGUCAUGCAGCCCACGAAGAGGCGGCUGGGGGCCCGGGACUUGCGGCGGCCUAGGAGGCGGCGCCCACAGGACAUGGGACUCUGCUGCCCGAGGGACAAACUAACUUCCUGAGUGCGAGACCGGAGGCCAGCGCGUCCGGGAGCCACCUGCAAGGCUGCGGUGAGGCGACCCUGGCCCUCCGGGUACGAGGCAUGGCGCGGGUUUGCGGGCGGUGCUGAAUGAGUCCUUCAGACAGCCCUCUUGGCCGCUGCCGCAGCCUGCCCGCCUUCUGAAAGGCCCAGCGAGGGCCUCCGCUCGCCUUGUUUUGCAGCCACGAUACAGUGUUGGCUUGGAAGCCACAACAAUGCCAUGAUGUUUUGGAGACAGGAAGCCCCAAGCCGGCCCCGAAUGAAGGACUUCCUGUGUUUAAAGUUGCAGGAAUAUCCGCUGACCAGCCCUGUUCAAAUGCAAACACCCCUACUAGAGAGGACGAAUGGCUAAUUCAGACCAGCUGGACUCUUCAGGGUUGAACACAGGAUAAAAUGAAAGGAAUUCUUAGGAGCUUGGACCAUACUUGAAGGCUAGCAAGGGUGUGCCAUUGUUAUUAAAGGACAUAAUUGGUUUAAAUUUUCUGCUUCCAACUCAGCUUCGGUGAGAAUUGAGUGAAACUAGAUAUCGAAUAAGACUUGUCAAUAACAAAUGAUUUUUGCUGACUGAAUUUGAAAAGGCAGUGCUCUUUAGAAAAGUAAAACCAGAAGCCAUACAAGUAAUUACUUUAUGCUUGUUGAUCAAAUAAUAUCAUUUGUCUGCCUGCAAUUAUGAGGCUUCUAGCCUGUGAGGAAAAACCUGUUUGUCUUAGAGUUUCUCCCAAAAUGGUUUCGAAUUGGAACUUCCAGAUCUUUCUGGAAGGCAGAUGCAAUUGGUGGUUUGGAGUAUAAGCAUGUAAGAGAACCUGUGGAGGGGAAACUUUUGAAAGAUUGAUGGCUCAUCUUUAUUGAAAAAGUAUGGGUAAGCCACUUAGCAGGCCAGACUGUUUAAGGCGGAACCCCACCUGCCUGGGGAAAGGGGAAGAGGAGGAUGGCUAUAUAGAAGAUUGCUAUGUUCCACAGCGGUCUAUAUAUGAUACAAUGAGAAUAAAUGAACAGAUUGACCAGGGGUCAAAACUUAAUCAGACUUCAAAAAGCACCAUGGAGAAGAUGGAAGGAAGUACCAUAUCCAGCAAUGGUACAUUAGGAGCGUCAUCUAAUGUUUUUGAAUCUAGAGUGCCAGAAGGCAAAAAACUGGAUGAGAGAAUAAUAUUUGAUGCAUUGAAGCUAAGCAGUGAUGUGCAAAAGUCAGCACCUGUGCCACCCAGACGUCGGCCAAAUGCAGAGCGCAAAGAUAACAUUAACAGGAGAUCGUGGAAGUCCUUCAUGCCACCCAACUUCCCAGAAUUUGCAGAGAGGAUGGAGGCUUCUCUCAGUGAAGUCUCGGAAGCUGGUGCUUCAAAUACUUCCUUGCAAGAGAAAAAGGAAUCCAGUUCUGCAUUGACAGAAAGUUCUGGUCACUUUGACCACAGGGAACCUCAGUCUGAGUCUGUAACUUUGGAGCACAUGUCUAAAUCUGUAGAUAUUCCAGAAGUGCAAGAUGUAAAAAACUUGAGAGACUGCCAAGACUUCAGAUUCCAACAGCACAGUGAGAGCUCUCCCCAUGAAUUCCAGUCUCUAGAGUCAGAAGCUGCAGCAGCAAGUGGUAACUCAGAUGAAAUGCAGGAACACAGAUUUUCAAGUGCAACCUGGCCUAGGGCCAUGAAAACUUCUAAGGGAGGCUUCAGUGAGAAGCAGCACCCCCUUGGGGACAGUGCAUGCACUGUGGAACUACCACCUCUCUCUCCUUGCCUGAGUGAAGAGCUAUUGGAUCCAGAAUUACAUAUUCUUAUAACACCUAGCUUGAGAGAAAAGACAGAGUCUGAGUUAAAAUUUGAAGAGGAUGAGCGAUGGAUCAUGAUGGAGGCUGAGGAGGAGUGGGAGGAAGAGAAAUUGUCAGAGAGAAGAGAGAGUCUUCUAGUUGCAAAUGAGAAGACGAGCUUAACAGGUAUUUUUGAAGAAGGGGAACAAGCAAACACAGUAACAGUGGUACAGGAUAGAUCCGAUUGCUCAUCUCUCUUGGGGACUUCUGACCACCUAGCCCUUCAUCAGAUUUGCUGUUCUGGUGAUCUGCAGCCAAUGAGGGAUCAACCUGCUUCUGUUCUACCUGUUUCUGUUCCCAAGGGUGCACCCCCUGACUACACCUGUGUGUCUGCAGGUGAAGUUAUCAGUGAGGUGCAAAACAGAACUGCUCAGGGCUUAGAGAGUCUGAUCUCAGGGUUCCAGGGCCCCACUGAAGCUGAGCAGCUCUCUGACACAGAUUCUGUGCAAAUGUUUCUUGAACUUGAGAAGGAAUGUUUAUUUGAGGAAGGAGUAACUUCUUCAGUUGAGCUGCUGAGUCAAGCCUCUUCUGAAGAGUUGGCCUCAGCCCAAGAUGCAGAAGAUUCUCUUUUAAUUAGUCAUUAUCCAGAAGCUGCCUUAGAAAAGGAACAGCAUGUGGGUCUUGUAAGUGUAAGGAUAAAGGACCAUGAUACCGGAUUGGAUGGUGAAUAUUGCAAUGCCCUGGAUUCUUCUCAGGUGCCUAAAGCUGUUGAACUUAGUCCUCACCCUAAUAGCAGGAGGGAUACUUCCACUGUUAGCAAGGAGUGUGAAAAAGUGCCUUUUAGCCCCAAGAUUGGUGGGGAAUUUAAGUCUCUGGGUCUGGAGCCUGGGGAGCUGGACAUAGGAGGAUUGCUGAACUCUAAUCCCAGAGCCUCUUGUGAAGAAAAACUUCCAGUCAUUACUCCUUCUGAACUAGCCAAAGAAAAUGGCAAUUUGUCCCAGGUAAUCUGCAGUCAGACUAAGGGGAAUGUAGAGGUAGAGAUGGAAAAGAUGCCUCUUGGUUUUGCUUUUAAUUAUGAACAAAAUGUUACCUCAGGACCUGAAGUAAAGGUGUCAUCCUCUGAUUCAAAUGUAUUAACAGAUGAGAGUCAUUUAGAAAGUGCAAAGGGAACUAUAAAUAGUCCAGAAUUUAACAAUCCGACAUCAUUGGGAAAUGUAGACCCUUGUGAGUUGUCCAUGGAGAAAGUUUGUGAUAAGGAUGGUGAAACAAAAGAGCUGGAUUGUCAAGUGACUCUCUUAGACAAUGGAUCUCCAGUACAUUUGAAGUCUCCAGAGUCAGAGGAUCUGCUGGACAGAGAACUGAGACUUCGAGCUGGAGCAAAAACCAUGAAUGAUAGAGAACCUGAGCUGAGUAUGGCAUUAUCACAGGAAGGGGAUGUGGAAAUGAGAGAUUUAGAUUUAACACUGAACAUCUUUCCCGAAGAACAAAUCACCAAAGCCAGUAACACUAUACCAGGUUUAGAGGAAUGGGUAUCCAGCCAACAGGGGCAUGCCUCAACUCCUGUAGUACCCACCAUAGACGAUGCCCUGGAUGCUGUAGUGCCCGUGCCAGGAGAUAUCCCAGCUAUAGCAGUGCCUGCCCUGAAGGAGCCUGCUGCCAACUCCUCUGCCUCAGAGGAAACUGCUGUAGCUGCUCCAUUCGUGUCUUUCCCCAAAGAGGAUAUCCUAGUUGCUUCAGUGGUCAUCUCAGAGGAGGAUGUUACAGCUACUGCAUUAUCAGCCCCAGAGCAGGCUGCCGCCUCAUCUGAUGCAGUACCUCCUGUGGAGACUGUUACAGUGCCCAUCAGAGAUGAGGACGGUACCUCAGAGGAGCCUGACACUCAAGGGCUCGCCUCCGAGAAGCCCGAUGCUACAACAGUUGUAGUGUCUGCUGCAGAGGAGUCUGGCACUGCUUCUCUUGCACGGUCUACACCAGAGGAGUCUGCUGUCCCAGUUCUUGAAGAACCUACCCCAGAGAAGCAUGAUAGUCAAGCAGUUCAUGUGUCCCUCCCAGCAUGGUAUGUCGCUCCAGCUAAUGCAGUGCUUGCUGUGGAGGAAAUGGUCUCUCCUGGUGAACCCUUCCUGGGAGGAACUACCCACACUGAUUCAGUGCCCACUGCAGAAGAAACUCCUGUUUUUGAAGAUGCUUCCUCCUCUGGAAUGUGGAUUCAGGAGGACCUUGAUUCUUCAGCAUUUGAAAUAAAAGAGGUGCCUGGCCCAGUGCUACAUGGGAAAGUGCCUCUGGCUACAACUGAUGGAUUAAAUUCACAUGAGGUAAUUGCUGUUCAUUUCAUUGGCAGGAAGGGCCUAUAGAGUAAGUGAGAAUUGCAGGUUUUCUCACUUGUUGGUAACUAGUGACAGCAUAAGUCCUCCUCUUGUUAAUUCUGUGCCCCUGGACUUGUAGUUUUUAGAUUUUCUAUUGAGUUUAGAGGGAAAAUGUAUCUUAAUUUUCUCUGGCAUAAAAUUUUUAUUCAUUUUUUACUUACAUAUGUUGGAGCCCAAAGUAACACUUUUGU